AUGGACCAACUAGAUGCAAUAUUUCAAAUGAAAGCUCAAUUUUAUCCAGGAAGUAAAAUCAUCAUAACAACUAGGCGUGCAAGAUUGUUAAAGGCUCAUCAAGUUACUGAGGUGUAUGCGGUUGGAACUUUGACUCAAGAAGAAUCAUUGGAGCUCUUCAGUUGGCACGCUUUUGGCCAAGACCAUCCUGUUGAAGAUUACAUAGAAUAUUCAGAGAAGCUAGUCGAUCAUUGCGGAGGACUUCCAUUAGCUCUCAAAGUUUUAGGUUCUUCUUUGUUGGGGGAAAGUAUAUGUCUAUGGAAAAGUGCAUUGGAGAAGUUAGAAGCUAUUCCAAAUGGUGAAAUAAUAAAUAAAUUAAGAGUAAGCUAUGACUCUUUGCAAGAUGACCAUGACCGAAAAUUAUUCCUCCACAUUGCUUGUUUCUUUGUUGGGAUGGACAAAGAUUACAUUGUUAGAAUACUAGAUGGAUGUGAUUUCUAUACAAUUGUUGGCAUUCAAAAUCUCAUCGAUAGAUGUUUGGUGACGAUAAUUGACGGAUGGGACAAGGUGCAGAUGCAUGACCUGAUUCGUGGAAUGGGAAGAGAAAUUGUUCGCCUAGAAUCAAAGGAGCCUUGGAAGCGGUACGAAAAUAAUUGA